ACAAAGUAUUAAUGGGUUGUGGAAACACUCGUCAAGUGGGCAAUGAUGUUGUCAAAGUAGAAGAUCUCCCUGUGCAUAAAGAGAAGAUCAAAAACAAGUACUCAAUCGUACCAAAACUAGUCAGAAGUGGAAUUUACGGUGGGGUCUAUUCAGCUACAAGCAGAGAAAAUCCUUCCCAAAAGGUGUCAAUCGAAGUGAUCAAUAAGAUAAAGAAUCUUAACACUAAAGAUGAGCUCAUGAGUCAGAUUAAAAAGCUUAAGAAGCUCAAGCAUAAAAAUCUGGUGAAGUACAUUGAGUCUUAUGAAAAUGAGUAUAAUAUUUAUCUCGUAAUGGAGUCUUAUACUGGUGGGGACCUCUCUCAGGUUAUUACUAAGAAAGCUCGCAAUGGAAAGAAAUUCUCAGAAAGUGAAGCAAGGAAAGUUAUCUCCUCAAUUCUGGAAGGCUUAAAGUACAGCCAUUCGAAAGGAAUAAUAUAUGGAAAUAUUCAGCCAUCUGAUAUUCUGUUAGAUUCUCAAAACGAAGUAAAGAUGCCAGGAAUUGCAAAUUCAAAUUCUUCUGGUAGUCAUUUCCUGUCACCAGAAAUGAAGAAUGGCGUGAACCCCACUGCUGCUUCUGACAUUUGGAGUGUUGGUAUAAUCCUACACUUGAUGCUGACAAGUAGAUAUCCCUCAUUCACAGAAUCCUCUAAGGUUCAAACCAAAUUGCUGGAUAAGGUGUCCGAAAAGGCAGUAGAAAUGAUCAAGAACAUGCUAGAUCAGGACCAGAAAUGCACCAUUAAACAGCUACUGAAUCUGCCUUGGAUGAUAUCUAAUCUUGAAGAUGAUCCUUUAUGAAAUGAUUUCGUUGAAUCUGACUUUGAAAGCGAGACUACGCCUCUAAGAAAGCCUCAGUCUCAACAGAGGAAAGAAGCCUCUGCUCCAAUGUUCUUCAGGAACCACACAGAGAGAAAAGCCAAAAAGCAAGGAAGCUAUGAAACUAUUGAAACUGAUAAACUUUUCGCUGAAACAGAAGAUGCUACUUCCAUUCUCACCACAACAAGGAAGCAUGAUAGACAGGAUGAAGAAAGAAGGCAAAGAAUUAUGGAAGAAAUCUUCGAUGAUUCCUGAUCAUUCAAAGACUCAGAAUUCCAUAAUAAUUCAAAAAUUUCCGACCAAGAGUAA